UUAAAUACACCAAUAUGCAGUUGUUAGCUGUGACUCUAGUGCUAGUCCUGGCCAGUCUGGCCCAGUGUCGUCCUACAUUCGAUAAGAUCGCCGAGGUUCUGCUAGGCGCUCUGGAUGAUCAACCUAAGUACUAUCCGCCCGGAAGGGCACUGCCUGGGGAAGCCUAUGUACAUCCGCAUCCUGGACCAGGUCCACUGAUACAAGAAGGCUACCAGCAGGGCUACGACUAUCAUUACGGAGGAGGCUAUGGCUACGGAGGCUACCAGCAGACACAUCCGGCUGGCUAUGGAUACUAUCCAGCUCCUCGUCCUACUACCUACUAUCCACCGCAACAAUCUCUUCCUUUGCCCGCAUACUACUCACAACCCACUCCCUCGUCACCGGGAUAUUAUCCCCACAAAACUCAGGAUAUAUAUGGAGGCGGUUACAAGCAACGGGGUUACUAGCGUUCAUCUGUCGGAUCCCCUCAUCCAGUCAUCUGCUGUCUCAUUUGUUUGUUUUAGUGUAAUUUAUUAAAAUUUCGUGAUUUUUAACAACGA